AUGCUUAAACUUUAUUUGAGAACUGUACGAAACAGGUCUUUACAAGUAGUAUUUCGUCGCCAAAUACACAAGAAUUAUUCGGGCAAAAAUCUCCCGUUCAGCUCACGAAACUGGCUAGUUCAUCCACAAAAAUUCAAAUAUCUACCAAAAAGUGAACAGAAUACCACUGCUUCUACCGUAAUUCCUCUCCAGUUUGAAAAAAGUGAUAAUAAAGCAAAUAAUGGAAACAUAUACUUAGAAGAUAAAGAGUUUAGAGAAAAUUUAGACAAGGCUUUAACACAGGCUCAUUCCAAUCUGCUUAUUGGGUACACUAAUUAUGAUAUUUUUAGUGCAAAUGCAACAUGGAUGCGUCUUCGCGAGCUCCUUUAUUAUCAACUAAGUCAUAUAUCUGAACUUAAACCUUUAUCAUCAUUUCAACUAACAGCACCCGAACUAUUAAAGCCAACCAAUCCAGGAGACUUACUAAAUCAACUUCUAUCGGUGAAUCAAAUUCCUGAUCAUAUUUGGAAGUCUGUUUUGGAGAAGGAAGAGUAUAGCGUUGCUGAACAGUAUUAUUUUAUCCUAAAGAACUUUUAUUAUUUUAUUAGAAAUCAAGAGAUAGAACCCCAAACAAGACCAUCUUGGUCUGAUGUGGACUCUGGAUUAGACAUAUCUAACCCGUCAGAGUGGUUUCCAGAAGCAAGGAAGUUGAAACGUACCAUUAUUAUGCAUAUAGGGCCAACAAAUUCGGGUAAAACAUACAACGCUUUACAGAAGCUAAAACAGUGCCAAAGAGGUUAUUAUGCUGGUCCACUAAGGUUGCUAGCUCGUGAAGUGUAUGAUAAAUUCCAGAGCGAUGGAAUUCGCUGUAAUUUACUAACUGGUGAAGAGGUGAUUGAGGAUUUAGACUCUAUGGGUAAUAGAGCAGGACUUACGUCAGGAACAGUUGAAAUGAUUCCUUUAAAUGAGGAGUUUGAUGUUUGUGUGCUAGACGAAGUUCAAAUGGUCGGUGAUAAAGAGAGAGGAUGGGCUUGGACUAACGCAAUUUUGGGCGUACAGGCAUCAGAGAUUCAUUUAUGUGGAGAAGAAAGUGUAUUGCCGCUUAUGAACAAGAUAGUAAAACUAACUGGUGACACUUUAGUGGUUAACAAAUAUAAAAGAUUGGGUACGCUUGAAAUUGAACAUCAACCCCUUGCUGGAAAAUUCAAGGGACUCAAAGCUGGUGAUUGUGUUAUUGCAUUCUCUAAAAAAACCAUCCUCGAUCUCAAAUUGACUAUUGAACGGCAAACAGAUCUUAAGGUUGCUGUUAUAUACGGUUCUUUGCCCCCAGAGACCAGAGUAAAACAAGCAAAAUUGUUUAAUAGUGGUGAAUAUGAUGUUUUGGUUGCAUCCGAUGCUAUUGGAAUGGGUUUAAACUUAUCCAUUAACCGAGUCAUAUUUACUUCCGCUGAGAAGUUUAAUGGGGUAGAAGUGCUACCUCUUACAUUUUCGAAUAUCAAACAGAUUGGCGGUAGAGCAGGCCGAUACAAGCCUCCAGGAAGAGAUAACUCCGGAGAUGGACCUUCUGUUGGCCAUAUAACUGCCCUUGAUUAUGAUACUCUAAGAGCGGUAAGAAGAGGAAUUAACGCACCAGUACAGUUUCUAGAAAAAGCUGUAGUUUGGCCCACUGAUGACUUGAUAAACAACUUAAUCUCGUACUAUCCUCCAGGGACCAAGGUAAGUGUGCUCUUAAAAAAAUUCCAAGAGAAUAUAUCGUCAUGCUCAAACAAAAUGUUCGAAUUGAGCAACAUCGUAGACAGAGUGGAGGCUCUUUCCACUUUUGAAGAUAUGCGUGGUCUUACUCUAUGGGACAAGCUAAAACUUUCAAAUGCCCCAAUACGGCUAAGUCCUUUAGUUUCACGUACUUUCAACAGUUUCUGCAAAACCAUCGCUGAGAGGAGUACCACGUCUCUGCUAAACUACAACCUACCAUUCGUGCUAUUGCACAGAAAGUUCAUCAAAGACGAAUCUGUCUCACUACAAUUCUACGAAGAAUUCCACCAAGUCAUCAAUCUCUACUGCUGGCUCCAUAUUAGAUACCCACAACUCUUCGUAGAUUACGAAUCUGCUAUAGACUUGAAAAACCUCUGUGAGAUGAUCAUCUUCAAGAAGUUGGAGUUUUUGAAGCAAAACCCAUACAGGAAGACCCUAAAUUCAAAUCAAACAAGAAACUCUUGCUUCCAACAAGAAAAAAGAAGGCACAACCUUCCUUUCCCUAAAAGGAUCUAG